GAUCGAGUCUUGCAGAUAUUUUAAGAGAAUGGGGUAGCGGUGGUGGUUCAAAUAAAAAUAAAACCGGCAACAAGCUUUGUCGUCGCGAAACACUUGCUGACAUGGCUAAGUCUUUACCUUGGCCGCGUCAAACAACUGAUUCAGGUCAUGGAAUGAGUCUUAGAAAACGACGUGAAAGCUCAGUUGACAGUGGAAUUAAAAGUUCAACGUCUAGUAAGUCCCGAAGAGAUUCAACCAUCAGUGAUUUCAAAAACGACAUUGCUAAAUUAUGGAGCAGACGAGAAAUCCUUCAACCACAAGCACCACCUACUGUUAUAUCACCCACACCACGGAGAGGGUCGAGUGAAUCUAGAUAUUCAAGAAGAGGAUCAGGAGAAAGUGCAAGGUCGCGAAGAGAUUCGGUGAUGGGUGGAAUGGGUGAACGUAAACAUCAAUGCCGUCAUCAUCGACGUAAACAAUCACAACAAUCUCAAAUUUCUGUUGACGUUGGUGCCAUUACUCCAACUAAAUAUUAUAGAAGUGAUCAGAGGCCGAGCGCUUCGAGCACAGAUAGUGCAGCAUCCGCUGCUGUCAGAGAACAUCUGGAGGCACAGAAAAGUAUAUCAGAGAAAACAGAUUCGAGAAUGUACUUGGCAGUUGAAACAAAAACUACUGGAGUUGAUGCUAAAUGUACAGUAGUUGAUAUGAAGACCUCAUCAACAGAAACUAACAAGAGUUAUUCAUUAGAACCGAAUGCAUAUACUCCAACAAUUGUAAUGUCUUCUACAACUCCGCCUGCAAUAUCUCCAGUCACUUCAAAUAAUCUUCCACUACCUGGCACCUCAACAUCUGGGAGUUCGAGUCCUGUUGGUUCACCGAAUAUAAAUAAUGCUCCUUCACAUCCAAGUCUAGCGAUGAGUAAUCGAAGAGAUUCAACUACUCAAUGUUAUUAUGGUAAAGGAAAAGAAGUCUCAUCAAGCAAAUUAUCACGGUUAACACGUCAAGCGGCAACUAUUGAUGAAUCUCCAUCAGGAAGACGAGGAAGUCAACCCACUUUAUCACCUGAUCCUGAUGAUGGAGGUCGAAAAGCUCGAAGAGAUUCUUUAAGCCCAGACUCUGCAUCUCAUCCAAGAAGACGGGAUUCAAAAAGUCAUUUGAGCCCUGAUAGAUCUGCUGAUAAAAGAGAUAUCAGCCCUAUCAGGCAACGAAGGCCGUCGAGGCUUCGAAGACAGUCUACCUCAAUUGCUGGACGCCCAGCGAGAUCUCCUGACAGUUCAACGUGCUCAUCCAGGGAUCCAAGUCCUUGUGCACGUGGAUUAGGGAGUAUCCAACAUGCACCAACUAUCAGAAGACAAUCAACAACUGAAGAAAUUUUUAUUGCUCGAGGAUUUAGAAGACAAAGUACGACUGAAGAAAUGAUCAGAUGUCGAAAUUUUCGACGGCAAAGUUCGCAAAGUGAUGAUACGGUCCAACGCUACAGAGGACGAAGAGAUAGUUCAGCUCAAAUAACUGAUGGAACUUUUGCAUCAAUGACUGUCGAAACUUCAAGUACUUUCUUUGACAGUAGUACCCAAACCGAACCGUCACCGCCUUACGACAACAAUCACUAUCAUGAGGAGUGCCUGAGAUGUAACAGCUGUAGCCUCAAUCUCACGGGACCUAAUCAAAAGAGAGCGAGACGAUUCAAAAAUCAAAUACUUUGCGAUCUGCACUUUGCAGACGUUGCUCUGAUGGAGUGUUCUGAUUUUAUGCAGCAGUUGCGCAGUUUUAAGCCCCAAAGUUUAGGCUGCGCAGUUGCUAGAAGAAAAUCCUCAACAACAUUAAUAUUUCCACUUCCACCUCAAGCAUGCUCUGAUGAAUUCUGUUCAGAGUUUCCACAUAAUCUAAUCCCAACUCCCGGUUAUUGGAUUGAAUGUGCAAGGCAGCAAAUUGCUUCAGACAAAAUUUGGGACGAGAGUGAGAGCGAUCGGGAUGUUACGGAUCCUGAGCAAGUAGAUGAGAAGGAAAUAUCGAUUAUGAAACAAAGAAGGGACUUUUGUCUAUUUGAAGAAAAUGAGUUGGAUGAUGAAGAUGUUCCUAGAAAGAAAACAACUAUUGAAGAACAAUGGGAAAAAAAUCAAGGUUUCGAACUUACUUCCGUUGAACAAGAAACUUACGAAAAAUAUUUUUAUGGCACAGAACAUUGGAAUUACUUUACUAAUGAUGAAGAUUUAGGACCAGUUAUUUUGAGUAUCAAACAAGAGACAAUAAGUGGUAGAGAUCAGUUUAGGAUACUUGUUCGAGCAAUAAGUUACACUGUUCAUGGACUUAUUCCUGCCAGCUGUGUUUUUGCUGAUAGAUACAAUCGUGAAGAAGUUGUCAAGAGUCUUGGAAAAGAGGUCAACAUCAAUCCACCAUUGACUCUGGGUCAGUUACCGGAUACUCCAGAAGAGCUUCUCAAGUUGGACCAAGUAUUCAUCAAGUCGGAAUUGAAAGUUGGAGUCAUGUACGUUCAAGAAAACCAGUUUGAUGAAGAAGAGAUUCUUAAUAACAAUGAUAACUCUCCACUCUUUGAAGAAUUUCUACAGAUUCUUGGCGACAAAGUACGUCUCAAAGGCUUUGACAAAUACAAAGGUGGUCUUGAUACUGUUCAUGACCUUACUGGUCUUUAUUCUGUCUACACUAACUGGCGAGGAAUUGAAAUCAUGUUUCACGUUUCUACACUUUUACCUUAUGAAGAACAUGAUACUCAGAAGUUGCAACGAAAAAGACAUAUAGGUAACGAUAUAGUCUGCGUAGUAUUUCUUGAGGCGGAUAAUACUCAAUUUAGUCCAGCAUGCAUGAAAUCUCACUUUCUUCACACAUUUAUCAUUGUUCGAGUGAGUCCAAGAAUUAAAAGAAAAAUUACAAGGUAUGAAGUAUCAGUUGUCACGAGAGAUGAAGUAGGAGCAUACAAGCCUUAUUUAUGGGAGCAAAGUGUUUUUGAAAAAGGCCCUAUGUUUCGUGAAUGGCUCCUUACAAAAAUAGUGAAUGGAGAACGAGCAAGUUAUUCUGCACCUAAAUUUGCAAGAAUGCAAGAGAGAACGAGAAGUCAAAUGUUGGAAGAUAUUGUAGCAAACCUUCAAAAUCAUGCAGAAACUGGACAAAUUCCUAAGCCGUACAGAAGAGGCUCUUGGAGACCAAUUGGUCACAUGAGACCAUCAUCACCUCUUUUAGAUUCAGUCAGGGAUCAAUUUGAAGACUAUGAUCAACUAGCAAAAGACUUUACACAAGUUUUUCUUAAUAAUUCUGCUAAUAUUGAACUUCAUUCAAAUUUAUUUGAUGUAGCAUUUUUGGUUCCGGGCCAACAGAAACAGAAAGUAAGAUUCAUCGGGGUUCGUGCUAUUCUCGGAGUAAGAAGCAGAGUGUUCCAAGAAAUGUUAUACGGAAUUCAGACGGGAUUUGGCAGUCCGCAAGUUCCAGUAGCAGAAUUAUUAGCAAGACCGGCGCCAACUUUACUUACUAGUCCACAAAAACCAAAAAGCUCAAACUUUCUUCAAGUUCCUGAUAUUGAAAGCCCUAGGCCAAAAAGCGUACCUUCUUCACCAAUGGUUAAAAGAGCAUUUUCAAGACUUGGAACUAUCACUGCCGGAUGGGGAAGGAGUAUAAGAAAACAUGGAAGUAAUACUCUGUCAGUUGAAGAUCGAAAACGAUGGACCAGCUCUCAAGACUGCAGUAAUUGUUUUUUAGAUAAAGAUUCAAAGGAUAAGGAUAAAAGUGCUCAGGCAUUAGCAGUACCAAGGCUGAGUGUUUGUGCUGAUGCUCAGAAAGUGGAUAGAGCAAAACUUGCACAAACAGAGUUCGACAUAAUCGAAUUUGACCCAGAAACUUUUGGUAUUCUUUUGGACUAUUUACACACUGGCUCUUGUCCCCUCACAUGCAGCAAUAUUCCUGGGUUGAUAUGUGCUGCUGAGCAUUACGACCUACCAGAUCUAUUGCAAGCAUGUUUUCAUCAUGCAAAACAAUUUUUACGAAUCGAGAUAGUUUGUGUGAUGCUUUGUGCUUUAGAAAAUUAUUAUUGGCGCUAUACAUCAGCUUCAGAACUUGUUAAUAUGAUCCUUGCGUUUAUUGAGACCCGGGCCUAUCAACUGUUUCAAAGCCCGCAUUUUCUGACUUUGAGUGAGAGUAUGGUUCAAACUAUCAUGUGUCGAGGACUUGAGGUUGGAGAAAUCAAGAAAUUUGAGGCGAUGCUCAACUGGGCAAAGCACAGAAUCAAGAAUAAGCCUAAUAAAGCUGACGCCAAACAUGAAUUCAAAUGUAUAAUGGAAAGACUUAGUAAAGACCUCAAAUUAUAUCGAAUUACACCACAAGAAUUGAUUAGGAUCGUCUUACCAUCAAAAGCAAUUAAAAACGAAAGAAUUUUAGAUACUUUGAUGCUUCAGGCAAAUUCUGGGAUUUACCGCAACAUGGAUGCUUGCAUCGAAGAUUACCAAAGAAAGGGUGAAUAAAUUUUUCUAACACAGAGAAAAGAUUUAGAAGUUGGUAUUAUGAAGAAACUGACGUGAAAACCGGUGAAUGCCAAAAAUGACAAUCUGUAUUAUAAAAUCAUAUUUCUUAUAUUGUAAAUGACUAUAGUAUAAGGUAUAAAUUGAUGGGUAAUAUAAAUAAAAUACCUAUUUAGACGUUGUGAAUGAAACGCGAAUGGAUAAAUGAUGAAAUAUUUGAUGCCAUAAAUAACUAAUUAAUGAUCAUGAUUAUAUAUAAUAAUAAUAGAAUAAUAAUAAAGUAAUUAUAAUUAUGUUACCUGAUAUAUUGAUGCAUUGCAUAAAAGAAUAUUUACAAACAUAUUCAUAUUAAUAAUGAUU